AGACUAUCAGCGUUUUUUCACCGCGAUUCAAAUAGCAUCGCAAUAUCUGUGUUUAGCUCUCUUUUGCAAGUGAAAAUUGCAAAACCACUGAAAUGAGGGCUUGCAAGGAAGUUCUCGUAGCAAUAUUCCUGGUCUUACCCAUCCAUAUGGCGAUCGGCAGACUACCAGUCACAACAUUGGGAAUAUCCAGUUUAAAUUGGGCAGUAAAUACUAGGAACAUCCUCAAGACAGGCUCUGAUGACACCUUCGGAUUGUGGGAGGAUGAUCUUACCACGUUGAAAAAUUUAAAUAUUUUAUUCGACGAGAGAAGUAAAUUAUUGUUCGAUGAACUGGAGGAAGCAGAACAGGUCCAAGAGUAUCUGCAAGAACGUUUUCUCAAGGGGAAUGCUGAGCUCAGUGCUGGGAGCCUGAGAAAUCAUACGGUCGCCCGCGAAAUGAUGAGAAUGGGGCGACAAUUACAGCUUAUUAAUAAAAUUCCCACGGAAUUGACGAACCUAAAAGUUUUGGAUCCUGUCAUACCUCAACAAUUAUGUAGAUGGGCGAGCGGAAUUGUUACGAGAGAACGAAUUAGCAAGAAAAUUGAUCGUUUUUUCAAUCGCUCCUUUCCAGAAAGAAAUCCUGGUUGGCUGACGCACUUAGUCGAGGAUAUAGCGAAGGAUGCCCCAAUGAUCGAGUCUCGAUGCGGUCAGGGAUAUUCGCUCUAUGACUAUCUCCACACCAUAUACGAUCUAGUGAUUCUAACGGAGAUGAGAGCAUAUAUAGCCGAAGGAUUUGCUCAUUAUCUGCUACAUACGUAUAACAGCACCGCGGUAGCCUGCGCCUAUUCAAAGGGAGACUGGGAUCGGCAGCUUGAGCAUUUGUACAGGAGACUUCGAAUACACGUCCAAACUUAUAAUAACGUGUUCAUUCGGGUGUUGGAAUAUUUAUCGAAAGAAUUUCGUGAAUGUGAUGAUGAUUCUAAAUCUUUUGAGCGAGAUGUAACUUACUUCGAAUUGGAAGGCGCAAUGCAGCGGUAUAUUCACGCACAUAAUCCUGAUUCAUCGGAGAUUACUGGUAGGCAUUUGGAUUGCAGUUUAUUGGAUAGGAGGUACAACUCUCAAAGUUGCUCGGGGAUAACCAAGUCCUGUAGUGCUCCUGUCAAGUAUCCUUGCAUGGGCUACAUGAUCGAUUGUGAAGCACUAACGACGAACGAUGUUCAUGCUUGUGUAACCGCUGAACGUCCGCGACGUUAUGAGUGGAUUAACGAUAGCAACGGCGUCCCAGUGAGAAAUUGUCAGACGCGGACGUUCCAGAAAGGUACAUCAUGUCUGUGCACAUGUAUUGACAACGAUGUUGAUUCAAUUUCAACGCAUCUCUUCAACCUACAGCCGGUUGAGGCCGACGUCGACAGAGACAUGGUAGUAACCGGCAUCAGAUUCACAGUGCACAACGGAGUGAUGCAGUUGCAAAUACAGCAGGGAAAAUUAGGACCUUUUUGGGAAAUUGAAGGAUUACCCGAGUGGAAACCUGUCAAUGAUAUAAGUGAACAGAUUCGUGCGAAAAGAUUGGGCAGAAAAUUGCGGGGAGAAAGUCCCGAAGUUGAGGAAGGAAGCGACUAUCUGAUUGUUAAAGAAGGAACAGAAGUGCAGUUAGACACACUGUCCGUUCCAACAGGACACGUUCUCACUGGAGUAAAAUUCGAUUUGGUCCAGGAAGGAGGGCAAGACUCCUCGAGAAGAGUACAGAUUGGUGUAUUUUCAAUGCCUUUUAAUGUUACCAAUGGAAGGCUGAAGCAUCUCGACACCAGGCCCACUUUGACUAGACCCGACAGCGUCAAGAGGACGCAACUUGUAUUUCCUACGGAGAAUGUCAUCAAUCCGCUUCCAGUGACGAAGUUCUCCGGAUCGAAUCAAUGGGUUUCGAUUAUUACUUCGAAUAUGAAAAAUGACGGGGGACAAACAACAUUACCAUAUUUUGACGCAAAGCCAGUUGUAUCCGAUCCGCCAAGUGCACUCGGGGGUGUUGGAAUAUUCCACAAAUCGGGUGGUAACUUCACCGGUUUCGUCGCACUGAAAUGUGUUUCACUUGACUAUGUUCCCUUUAUGAAUGAACACAGGGUGUUUCCUCAUGAAGGAAAAAUCGGUAGCACUGCUGUAGGUGAAAUCAAAAUUUUGCGAACGAAAUAAUUUAGUGUUGUUCAAUAUUUUAAAUUGAUUGAUGAUGGCCUAGGCGGCUUGUGAAAAUUUUAACUGAAAAGUUACGCGGUUGCGAAAAUGUAUAUGUGAAAAUUUCAUGAUUUUUCUUGUAAACAUUAAAAUAAAAUAUAUGGAGAAAGUA